UCAAGAGAGGAGCAGAACUCCAUAUUGGCCAUUUCACGCACUAGAUUCAAUUUCUGGAAGUUCAAAAUGACUUUGCUGAGAUUCAUCCUCAUUCAGAUCCCCUUAGCGUACUCUUCCCAGAAGGCAGUGCAAACAUGUGAAGAGCCUCCUGAUGUUGAUUUUGGUGACAUCAUAAGCGGGGGAAAAUCAGAAUAUGUGGAAAGCGACAGAGUGCAGUACCACUGCAACCCUGGGUACAUGCUGGCUGGAUCUGAGUGGAUAUCAUGUAAUGGAAGCUGGACUCCACCUCCAAAAUGUUUAGCCCCUUGUACUAUCACAAAGGAGCAGCUGGAAGACAAAAAUAUCUUUUUAGACAGUAAUAGAAGACGUACAAUUCUAAUUCCAAGUGCUCAGACUAUAGAGUUUUCCUGCAGCAAUGGCUAUAAACUUACCACUCCUUUUGUCAGGACAUGUGUUGAUGGGCACAUACACUUUCCAUUGUGUAUAUCAGAAACAGGAAAGAAAUGUGGAUGUCCACCUACUAUUGCUAAUGGUGAUAUAACCACUUUUGCCCUAAAAGAGUAUGCUUCUGGCUUCUCUGUGGAAUACAAAUGCCAACGUUUUUACACACUGACAGGACAAAAUACAUCUUUCUGUAACAAUGGAAACUGGACCAAACCACCAGUUUGUUUGGAGCCGUGUGCUGUCAGCAUCACAGAAAUGCAAAGCCGUGGUGUGGAGCUGAGUGGGAGUUCUAAAGGAAAAGAAUACAUUUGCCAUGGUGAACUUGUUGAGUUUAAGUGUCAGUUGGGGUAUGCACUUCCUGCACUGUCAUCUACUUCUAAUUUUACUGCGCGGUGUCAUUCAGGCCAAAUUUCUUAUCCCCAGUGCAAUAAAGAUUUGUUGAAGAGUGAUUCCCCACCAUAUAUAGAAAAUGGAGUCCUCAGUUCUGACCUCUUGUUAGAGUAUGAAGCGGGCUCUACAGUGGAGUACAAAUGCCGACGUUUCUAUACAGUGAAGGGAUCCAAAAUAGUGACAUGUCACUUGGGAAAAUGGAGAGAUCUCCCCACAUGCUUAGGUAAAUAAAAUAAAAUUUAUGAUAUGAGAAAGACAGUGAAGGAACUUGAAUCUUAACCUAUUUGAUGGGUUUUCAUAAACCACAGUUCUGAACUUAAGGACUUGAGCUUUUUGAAAAAGGUACAUUGUUAAAGUCAUGGUUAGAGAAAAAAAGCUUGGAAAUAUGCCUCAACCAAAUCGUGAAAGCUCAGAAACCAAAAAGGAUCCUGAAAAACCCCAAUUUAAUUUAAUCUCAUGAUUUUGAAGCCAGUCUUGCCUGAUUUCAUGAUUUUGAAGCAGCACCCACAGGACGCCCCUGCCCACUGUGGAUCAGGGAGGCCUGGAUGAGGGGGUUUCCUUGCCCUCCAUCAAUGCUGACCUUGUGAAGGAACACCUUGACAGGCUGGAUACCUUCAAGUCAGCCGGCCCUGAUGAUUUACACUGAAGAGUACUCAAGGAGCUGGCAAGCAUCAUAGCUCAGCCUGGCAUGGAUCUUUAAGAACUCCUGGUGCUCUGGUGAAGUGCCUGAAGAUUGAAAGAAGGCCAAUGUCAUGCCUAUCUUCAAGAACGGGAGGAAAGUAGAUCUGGCAAACUACAGGCCCAUCAGCCUGAUCUCUAUCCUGGGGAAGGUCUUAGAAAAGAUUAUCGAAGAGGCCAUCCUUAACAGACUAGCUGAUGGCAAUAUCUUGAGGGAUACCCAGCGUGGAUUUGUUGUGGGUAGGUCUUGCUUGACCAAAUCUCAUUUCCUUUUAUGACCAGGUGACCUAUCACCUGGACAGGGGGGAAGGGAUUGAUGUCAUACUUGACAUUAAAAAAGCCUUCGAUCUGGUAUCCUAUGAUCACCUCUUGGUAAAACUGGCUAACUGUGGCCUUGACCUCACUACGAUCCUUUGGCUGGGGAAUUGGCUUCGUGGUAGGACUCGGAGGGUGGUGGAUGAUGGGAGCCAAUUGUUGUGGUGCACAGUGACCAGUGGGGUUCCUCAAGGCUCUGUCCUAGGGCCUAUACUGUUUAACAUCUUUAUCAAUGAUGUAGACAUUGGUGUCAGAAGCUGACCGGCCAAGUUUGCCGACAACACCAAACUCUGGGGUAAAGCAUCCAAACCUGAGGACAGGAGGGUGAACCAGGCAGAUCUUGACAGGCUCAUGAAGUGGGUGGAUGAGAACCUGACAGUGUUCAACACCAAAAAAUGCAAGGUUCUCCACCUUGGGGGGAAAAACCUGCAGCAUCCUUAUAGGCUCAGCAGUGCUACUCUGGUUAGCACUACAGUUGAAAGGGACUUGGGGGUCAUGAUUGACCACAAGAUGAAUAUGAGCCUUCAGUGUGAUGCUGUUGGUAGUAAAGUGAGCAAAACACUGGCUUACAUCCAUAGAUGCUUCUCAAGCAAAUCCCAGUACAUCAAUCUCCCCUUGUACUCGGCCUUGGUAAGGCCGCAGCUGGAAUACUGUGUCCAGUUUUGGGCUCUACAAUUCAAAAAGGGUGUGGAGAAGCUUGAGAGAGUGCAGAGCAGAGAGGACAUGAUGAGAGGUCAGGACAACAGACCUUAUGAUGAGAGGCUUAGAGCCAUGGGACUCUUCAGCCUGGAAAAGUGCAGGAUCAGGGGUGAUCUGGUGGCCACCUAUAAGUUUAUCAGGGGUGUUCACCAGGAUCUGGGGGAACGUCUGUUCACCAGAGCACCCCAAGGGAUGACAAGAUCAAACAGUCACAAACUCCGCCGCCACUGAUUCAGGCUGGACAUAAAGAAGAACUUCUUUACUGUCUGAUCCCCCAAGGUUUGGAAUAGACUACCACCAGAGGUGGUUCAAGAACCCACGUCGAAUGCCUUCAAGAUGCAUUUGGAGGCUUAUCUUGCUGGGAUCCUAUGAUCCCUGCUGACUUCCUGCCCCUGGGGCAGGGGGCCGGACUCGAUGAUGCUCUGGGGUCCCUUCCAGCCCGAAUCUCUAUGUUUAUGAGCCUAUGAUGUCAGACAGCUGAGUACUGACUUGGCAGAUUUGUCAUAGAUGGGAAAGGAUGGAUUUUUUUGUUUUUUGCUUUUGGUCCUCCCCUUUUUCCCCCUUCUUUGUAGUAUGGGAAAUGAUGGUGUGAGCGCACUUUGUACCUAACAAUUCCAUCACUGCAGUCGUCUGCGAAUUGGUGAUGACUUUGUCUCUCCUCUUCUCUUUCUGUGGUGCACACACUGUGGGUUCUUUUCUAUUGGAUGCUUUGUGACUGUGGUGUGAGAGAGGGUCUGAAGUGUAUAAUCUUGGGGAUUCCUUUGGACAAAUGUUUGGCUGUGAAUGCAGGGGACUGAACUUGGUGGUCCAGAUGGUUACUUCUAAUCACAUUUUCUGGUGACCUCCUUAAAUCUCAUUGUUUCCAGCCAUUUGGCAAAUACAGCAGAAAAAUUGUUGCCAUUUCCAGGAUUUAUAACAAUCCUUAUUCCUAUAGCCUUGUUAUCCCCAUAGCAGUAUACUUUUCUCAUUAAGAACACUAAGGGCUAAGAUACCCUGGAAGUUGGAAAGGCAACAAUUCAAUCAUCCAUCCUCCUAUACCCUCCUCUAGCGUACUCUUCCCUUCCUUGCUAUUCAUGUUAUCGAUCACAUAUUUUAAAUUAUUUGCCUAUUUUUUCCUCGCUGCUAUUGACAGUUUGGGACACCUGUGCAACAGCACCAACAGCAUUAAAACUCGACGUCAAACUACAUUUAACUUAGCACAUUCUUCCUGAAGUGGUAAGUAGAAGGAGGGAAAAUUAGUGAGACCAUAACUGGGGCACACGUGAAUUGGAACGAAAGGGAAUACUUUACUGUCACAUUUGUGUAUACAUAGUUAGGGUGGCAGAGGGUGUGGGGGUGGAGUGGAAGGAAAUUUCCUUCAUAGACUUCUAUGUUGUUGCAUAAUUCUUCACUAGAAAGAGAAGAGGGGAUAUAGUCAUCACUGUGACAACAGGAUGAAAGAGAAAGUAAAAGGAUUGUGAUUUUAUUACCCUGUUUUCUCCCUACUCUUUAUGUUUUAUUUGAAUUAAGAGCUCAUUUUCCAUUUCCAGUAAUGGACUUAUCCCCUUCUUGCAUCAAAUUGCUUUUUUUUUCUCUCUGAAGAACCUUGUAUAGUAAUCAAAGAGGACAUGGCAAGGAACAAUGUGAAGCUGAAAUGGAUUUCUCAGGAGAAACUGGAAGUGCCCAUAAAUGACUUUGUAGAGUUUGCAUGUAAAUUGGGAUAUCAAUUGGAUCCAGUAUCUUCUGGUUUAAGGGUACAAUGUUUGGAGAAGAACCUGACAUACCCUAAAUGCAGAAAAAGGGGUAAGUAAUCUUUCCCAACCCCAUGUUGACAAUCCAGGACUCCAGUAGAAAGGACUACAGCCAUAAAAAUGAAACCUCAGUCCCACUGCACUGAGCAAAAAUGCAAUGAAGUGUUGACUUGAAAUGACUAAGAAUUGAGUAAACAGAACAGUUCAAAGAAGUAUUUAUUGAUUAUUUACUGUCACUGUUUCUCCAAAUCUAAUUGAUAAAAGCUUCCUCCAUAGACUUAUUUUUCCACUAAUUUUCCACCCGAAAAGAAAGGGGGUCCUUUGUCUUCACUUUUGCUUUUGUCAUUGCAAUAUCUGGGAAAAGAAUAACUAACUUCUCAGGGUUUAUGUACCUGUAAGUAUCUGGAGAUACAUUUCAAAUGAAAAAACAUACUUUUGAUCCACUGUCAGAUUAAUAUGCAAAUUACUAAAUAAGCUUUUUCUUUGUGCAGAUCCUUGCAUGGUAACUAAACAAGAUAUGACCAGAAACCAUAUACAGCUGAAAUGGAUUGCUAGAGAGAAAUUGGAUGUGCCAGGAGGGGACUUUGUAGAGUUUAAAUGUGAAUCAGGACAUGAAUUGGAUCCAGUAUCUUCUCAAUUAAGGGUACAGUGUUUGGAGAAGAAUCUAACAUACCCUACAUGCAGAAAAAGGAGUAAAUAAUCUUUCCCCCCUAUACCGUAAGUUGUGAGUUAGCUAAAUUUUGUUUCACAUGCUUCAAGCAUUAAUUAAAACAAAUGAACAAACAUUGCAUUAAAGACACAGUGACUUUGCAGAAUCAAAAACAAUAUUCUCUGCAAUUUUCAUUUAAAGAGGAGAAAUUAAUUAUUCACAAGAUUAAAGCUGCUAUUCACACAAUGUAUCCAGUAUUCCAACAGAAUUAUACAAAUUGACGUUUAAAGAAUACCAUAUUUAACCAAAUACAAGACAACUCUUAAA